AUGCUGACUCCCAAGAUCAGAACCAGCAUCAUGUUGGAGUAUUCACACAGCGGUUCCCACAUCUCCGUAGACAGGAGUCAUGAUCUCCGAGGCCAGGGUCAUUGUGAUCGGAACAGUAGGGCCAAGACCAAAUCCGGCAAUCAAAAGACCAGCGUAUCUGUUCCAGAACCCGUGAGCGUAUGUGGUGACCACCAUUCCGAUGAUGAUGAUGACUGUGCUUCCGCAGAAAAAGACAGAACGCAGUUUCUUGAACUUGUCAGCGAACGGAGUCACCAGCAGAAUCCCACCAAGGUCAAACAGCCAAAUCGGAGCGUACAGCAGAGAAACGUCAAUUCCAGAGAGGUUCGGGUUCAAAGCACUAAUCAGCGUAGUUCCAAACACAGACAGACCGAAACCGGUACCAACAACACCGAAAUACAUGAGGAUCAACGGCCACACACGGAUGUCCAGAAUGAUGGUGAUCACGUCUUUCCAGCCCCAGUUGAUCUUGGUGUAUCUGUGACGCAUGUCCUGUUCAUGAGCCGAACGGUCCCGUUCGUUGAGCGGCUGAGGAGACGUGAAGAACUUGGCAAUGGAAGCCGGGAGGAACGAUCUGGAUGGCUGGGCCAAGUGCUGUGGCCGGUCUGGCAGCCACCAGAUUAG